ACCCGAAAACAGAUUUCUGUGGAUAAGUAGAUAGCCGGGUUUACAGAUCCAGGUGUUCACCCAGGUAAAAGGUCUUCUGAGGGUAAAUUUAGUUGCUUCAAAGAUCUAGGGUCUUCUGGGGGUACAAGUAAUUGCUCCAGGAAUAUGUCGCCAGAACUCGAAGAUAUAUUUCUCAAGGCAUAAACGCCUAGAGUAAAAAGCUUACAAGCUUGUAUAUAUCCUUCUAAAAUUCAAUGUACGUCAAUAUAUACUUCUUGUGUGCGCUAAUUUUUGUCCGAAACAGUCACAGUAUACAAGCUUAUAUAGGCGGGUAAAAUUAAAUAAGGAGGAAAAGAAAACACUUCCUAUGGGCAACUGCAUUAAAGUGGGAAGCUUUAUAUUCUUAAAUAAAUUUGCACUAACAUUUUAAAUAUGGAACACAAUACGUUUUGUCUAAUAACAUUUCUCAAUGAGGAACAUUAGCUUGUUACUUCCCUUGAAAAGUUGUAGGAUAAAGCGCAAGGAUAAUCCAAUACUACAUUGGUCCCUUUCAGUUGGAUUCUUCUGACUUUUUCUUUUCAACCUUUGUCAAAGAUGUUGUGGUUGGUCAAAAUAAAUUUGCUUUUUAUGCGUAGGUUUCUAAAUAAAAAUUAUUAACCAAACCUAAAUUUAACAGAGGGCCACUAAAAGAAAACCUGUCCUUUAUCAUUUUUCAAUCCAAUAAAUUUUAUUAUAGAUAUUGCUUUUGAAACUUACAAAGAUGUCAACGAUAAAAACAGAGAUAGGACCAAUCUACUUCUUGGACUUUAUAAAGGGAAGUAACUGACUAAUGUUUCCCAUUGUUAUGGAUGUUUACGCAUAGCCUACGCGUUUAAUGCCAAUCUCUAACAACUGCGUCAGGAAGUCGACUCUUUUGGUUUAGUGAUUAGAGCAUUGGAUUAUCACCCGAGCGACCAGAGUUCGAAUCCGGCCACAGGCGGUUGGGAAUUUUCGUCAUAAAAUGCUGUUUUUCUAUUUAUUUGUUACGACUAAAAGUUGUAAGACAAUGAUAAAAAAAUGCAAAAAAAGAUGAUGCGAUAAUUUCUUGAAGAAACAGAUGUGAGAAAGGGCACAAUAACCAGAGGAUCCGUUGACUUUUCAAGAUGAAUGCCAGUGACUGUACGUAAAAUAAUUUUAACAAUUAUUGUGAACAAAUAUUUCUUAUUUACUUAACCAAAUGGAAACUGACUUCACUUCUCUUAUACUAACGUGGCGACGUACACUGCGAACAACUGGGCAUCGAGCGCGAUUUUAAUAGCUGCAGAAUUUAUUUCAAAGCCGAUCCAUAAAUAACGCAAUGCAAGCAUACAUUUGAUGAUGAGCAUAUAGGGAUAUAAGAAUAUAGGUAUGCAAUGAGCAAGAAUGUUGGAUAUCGAAUGUAUUAUUUUACUUUUCAAAAUAUAAAACAACGAUAGAUACUUUUUCAUAAUUUAAAAGUUAGAUAUUAGAUAAAAUUAUUUUCGCUAACAUCUGCAUAGGUGAACUUAAUUGAUUAGCAAAAACAGGCCAACACCCGUAUAUUAAAAGCCCACCGACUUUUCGUUGUUUACCUUUUCUUUCUUCCGCAUUGUUUUCCAAACAAUAUCAGAUAAUUAUAUAUGCAUCGUCACGAGAUAACAAAAUAAAAGAUUAAAUGUUUACAAAUACACAAGUUAAUAUACAAUCUAUCUCUACUGUUGUGAUUUCAUGGAGGAAUAAACCAAACAAAGAGACACGAAGAGCAUAAUGCCAGAGCUUAGGUGAUAAGAGAAAAAAUGAUAACAUAAAAUGGGAGGAAAGGCAUCAAAAAAUAGGGAUAAUGAAGAAGCAGUCAUCCGGCCAAAACAGUUGACGCAAACGAUUAUUCCACACAAAAAAAGUAAUGCCCUCUUGGUCGCCGCCAUUGACUUUGGUACAACGUACACUGGCUUUGGUUACUCAUUCAAAAAUAAUCCAGACCAUUUCUUUGCAAACUGGCACGGUGGUAUGGAACAGCUACAAGAAAAGAUUCCGACAGCCGUAUUAAUGAACCCCAAAAAAGAGUUUCAUUCCUUUGGGCACGAGGCAAACAAAACGUACAUGCAGCUUGUGCAAGAAAACAAGCAUCAGGAUUGGUAUUAUUUUAACAGAUUCAAAAUGAAACUGUUUGUGAAACAAGAACCACUUACGAAAGACAUGGAAAUUGAAGACUUUCUAGGGAAGCCUAUGAUAGCAAUGGAAGUAUUCACUGCAGCGAUAAAAUAUAUCCGGGAGCACAUGCUUACUAUUCUAAAUGAUCCAGAUCGUAAAGACUUAGCAAUAAAUGGUAUUACAGAUAUACACUGGGUUCUGACAAUUCCAGCAAUAUGGGAUGAUCUCUCCAAACACUUCAUGAGAGAAGCAGCACAGCAAGCCGGUAUACCAAGCGAUAUGUUGACACUAGCUCUCGAACCAGAGGCUGCAUCGUUGUUUUGUAAGAAGGAUUUACAGAGUACAGAUUGCCGGUACAUCCUUAUUGACCUUGGAGGUGGCACAGUGGAUAUAACAUGUCAUGAAGUGAGCAGUAACGGAUCACUUACCGAAUUGCAUCCGCCAAUUGGUGGGGACUUCGGAGGUACAAGUGUUGACAACAAGUUUGUAAGUGUUCUUAAUAGAAUAUUUGGUGCAGACAUCGUACACCAAUUCAAAAUAAAAUACACCGAAAGUUAUUGGGAGCUGAUGUCGGGCUUUGAGUUGAAAAAGCGUUCCUUUGGCGGAUCAGGAGAAGUUAGACUAAAGUUCCCAUUGUCAUUGGUACAACUUUACGACAACAUUGUCGGGGAAUCUUUAACAAAAAGUCUUGAGCAGUCUACAAUAGCCGAAGUUGUUCAGUUCAAAACUGAUAAAAUGGUCCUUGGAGAAACGCUGAUGAAGGAUUUGUUCAGUUCCUCCGUGAAAGAAUUGAAACAAGCGACUGAUGGUAUUCUUAGCAAAGUAGAAAAUAUUGAAAAUAUAAUAUUGGUUGGCGGAUUCUCUGAAUCACCCUAUAUACGGAAAAUGAUGCGAGAACAUUUUGGCAACAUUCUUGUUCUUCCAAAAAGCCCAUCGAUAGCUGUUCUUCAAGGUGCAGCUCUUUAUGGCCAUGAGCCGACAGCAAUUUCUUCAAGAAAGUGCAGGUACACAUAUGGAAUAUCCCGCAUGGAGAGGUUUAACGAAAGAAAACAUCCGGUGAAUAAAAAAGUGGAAAUAGGUAAAUACACUUACUGUGAUGGUGUUUUCUGUAAACAUAUUGAGAUUGGAACAGAAGUAAACGUCAACAGGCCAGACCUUGCGAUAGAGCAUGAAUACUUCCCAUCCUCGUCUGAACAAAGUCUUGCUAUACUGGAAGUUUACAGAUCAUGCAAGAAAGAUCCUGUAUUUGUAGAUGAAACCGACUGUCACCUGGUAGGUUUGAUUAAAGUGCAGAUUAACACUAAGGGUGAUAUUUGGACAAAGCUGAUGGUCAAGUUGAUUUUCGGAGGAACAGAACUUAUUGUAGAGGUUAGAGACGAGAAAAACAGCACUGUGACCACAGGGUCGGUUGACUUUCUGGGAUAAGCAUACUCAAAGCUUAGCAAAGAAACUGACUGAUAUUGUGUCUUACAUUUAACAAAUACUGUUGCAGUUCUGUAUUUCACUGAAAUGAAUUUAAUGUAUCGGAGUUUUGGCGGCAAAAUACGGAGAAAACAAAACACAUGCUAUUAUGUCUUGUCUGACAAACUAUGGUAUUGUUUGUUUUUUUUUUUUUAAAUUGAUGCGAAUAUUAUUACUCUGGUUUAUGCACAGUGGAGAAAAUAGUGAAAACUUUGUCUUUUAAGCAUAGAAAGCAUGUUUUGAUAUGACUGUGUUAGUAUAUUGAGUGACGUUUUACCACUGACUGGAUAUGUACGUAUUCAAUUCAUUACUUUUAAAAGAACUGAUAUCAUGUCUAUGUAUUCUUUACAAGGUAUAAAGACAUAUUCAGUGAUGAUAUGUUAGAUCAUCCUUGGCUAUUUAGAUUAAUACCAAGUGUAAUUCAUAUCUCGAUAUUCUAAAACUGAUCCUGGACCGAUGAUGAUAGCAAAUCUAUAUUAAACGUUAUAAAGU